UGGAAAAUUGCAAACUUCAGCUACCAAGACUUUGCGCGCUCACAUGGACUCCUCCUCCUCCUUGGUACAGCAGGCCGCGUGCAUUCAUUGCCCCAUGUGACAGCAAUAUUUCAGACACAAAACCUUUUGUAGUUGUCGAUAAAGCACGACACACCACUUUACAAAAUGUGUAGCCUGGUCCCGGCCGGUAAAAAAAUAUUAACCCAUGACUCGUGUACAAGCGAUACUAACAUGCUAAAAGAUGUCUAUUUGCCUAAAACUUAACAUGUCCUAUAUUAGUGAUAUGUUGCAGAGGAGACUUAGCCCUAACCCUAAUUGGUUGAGACAAUCAUGCAUGACGAUGAUGCAAGAAAGUGAUAAGACAUUAGAUAUAUAUCAACUAGCACAUUUAUUUCAAAGAUGGCAAGAUGUGCCACGUGGUUUCAUAUGCGCCUUUGCUUUCUCUUUCCGUGUAGCUGCAUGGUCGGUUGAAUUCCGGCAUCUUCUUUUUCUCAUCUGGCUCAAUUUCUUCAACAGUUUAUUCUCUGCAAUUAAAGCAAAUUCUAACCUAGCUUGAAAGGUAUACCCAGUUUGGUUGAGUUCGCUAUCAACUUGAGAAGGCACAAGUUCAUAGGUGCAUGCAGUUCUACAUAUUAAUCCAAUACCUUUAUAUAUGUAGUCAAUUACCUGCAGAAUCGAUCUGCUACAAGAAGCAGAAAUUCGGUGUUCAUAUGUUGAUCCGAUUAGGAUCAGGUCUGCCUUGUAGACUAGUUUAGAAGAAUCGUAUUUCAUGCUAGAAAUCAUUUCCUUUUAUGAUCUGGAUCCUCUUGAUUCAUCUAUUAAUUCUUCUUUUAAGGAUCCUGUCACAGAAGGUCACAAAAAAGAACACGAAAUUCAAAGUGGACUCGCUCGUAUAGAGGAAUAGAAAAGAAGUCUGUAACCUAGAUCUACUGAUUAACCAUGCGGCCAGUAUCUAUAUAUGCUAAAUAAUCAAUGAUGGGAGACAUAAGAUGAUAACAAGUCCAAAAGAAGCGGAUUUUCCACAGAAGCAGGAAGGCAGUUCAAGUGAUCAUGACAAAAUCACCAAGGCUUCAUCAAGUUCAACAGUACCAUGGUUAAGAUUGAAGGAUCCAAGGAUUGUGCGGGUGUCUCGUGCUUUUGGAGGAAAAGAUAGGCAUAGCAAAGUUUGCACCGUAAGAGGAUUGAGAGACAGGCGGGUGCGGCUUUCAGUACCUACAGCUAUUCAAUUGUAUGAUCUUCAAGAGAGGCUUGGGCUUAAUCAGCCUAGCAAAGUUAUUGAUUGGUUGCUCAAUGCCGCUAAAGAUGAAAUUGAUGAACUCCCGCCACUGAGAAUACCACCAGGGAACAUUGGCCCAAAUCAUCCACAAAUGUUAACUUGUCAUAAUGAAGUUGGUGCUUCUCAUUCUGAUGAAGGGUUUAAAAUGAAUAGUGGAAUUCAGUGGGAAGCUGGUUCUAGCCGAUUACCAAAACCAAACUUUUGGAGCUUGGAUGCUCUUUCGGGGGCUCAAUCAGAAGAAUCUGCAAGAGAAACAAUCGAUCCAAAAGAAAAUUGGACAAAAGGGAAUGAAGAAGAUAAACUAGGAGGCAAUGAAGGUCAUGCUGCACAAUUUCCAUCAAAUAACUUCUUGCCGAGAGUAAUUAAUUCAUCUUCCUUACCAGCUGGUUUCCUGAAUAGUUCCAUGCCCUACAAUUAUCAUAAUUGGGAUCCCUCAAGUUUUCCUCCAUCUAAUUCAGGAAGCCAUGGAUACACGUACCGAACAGAAGACACACACAAUAUCAGUAGUGUCAUGGCAUUGCCUUCCUCUUCGUCUUUACCAACUGGGUCUCAAAUUUUGGUAUGUCCUCCGGGAACAACACAACCUUUUUUCCCUUCGCAUUCUAUGGCUUCUGGGGAGAUUGGUCCGAGACAAGUUAACCAUUUUCAAAUGUCGAGCUCAAAUUCUCAUAACCUUUUGCAAAAUUCUUUCACUCCACCUGUUUUCCCUAUAAGCCAAUCCACAAGACCCUUCUAUUUCAGUAUGAGUACUCGUAAGCCUCUUCACUCUCCAAACAACAGUGGAAGUCAGGCAAAUGAAGACCAAGAUCAGUUUCCUUCUAAAUGAUGCAUAAUGAAAGAUUGCUCUUAGUUUCAAGAAACAUGCUAGGCAUGGCUCAGAUAUCUUCUUUAACAACACAAAGGAAGCAAGGUGCAUUAGAAGAGAUUCUACUGUCUGGUGCGGACAUCGAUCUUUCUUAGUUUUGAUUGCAUGUUUAAAUUCCUUGCUAGCUUGCUUCAUAGUAUAUUUCGAUUAUUAAUUUUCACAUAUGCAAUUACUUUCAAUUUAAGAGUUAGAAAAAACUUGGAAUUAAGUAUUUGCUUCUGUACGAGAAGGUUUUUAUUGGUGGACACACCACCAUAUAGAUUUGUAAUGGUUCAUACUUUAAGUUCCAUGACCACAGAGAAGGUCUUUUUUGUU